UAAAGAGGGGAACGGCGCAGUGUCUGUCCUUUCCCGGUAACCCCGGUGGUUUGCUCGAAUGGGGAAGAAGAACAUCCCUUUCUUUUAUUUCUGUCCUAGGGCACUUUUCAUCAUCCAACUCUCUCUCUCUCUCUCUCAACACCAUAUUGACACUCGUAUUUUUCUCUCACUUUCUCACUGACCAAACAAACCCACCAACCCUAAUCUCCUCUCUCUCACUAUAUAUUUAUAUAUGUUUCUCCCUCUGCCACCAUUGCCGUACGUCUGUGGAUGAAACGAGUGAGCUAAGCGUGAGAGAAAGAAAGUGGAACAAAGAAAAAAGAAUUGGAAACUCAGGUGCACGAAAUCAACGCUCUUAACGGGAGUACCGGGAACACCGAACUUCCAAGAAAGAUGAGAUGAAAUUGCAGAUUGUGAUUCAAGAAGCUUUAGGACCACAGAUCUGUGAGUCCUGGAUUCUUAUCCAAAUUAUCUAAUUAAACGGAGUUUCUCAAUAACUAUUUAUAUAACAAAACAAAGCGGAACUGAGAGCUUAAUAACUGUCAGACUCCAACCAAUCUUCUAAGGCCAGCGAAAGCUUUAAAUAGGUAGGGGAGACCGUAAAAGGUUAGGUUCAGAUCGGCGCUCAGCAUGCUAUUUUCUGUAGCUGUUUUAGCUUGAAUCUGAAGCACAAAGGCUCGCUCAGAUCAAGGGCUGAGGAGGCUGAGGCUCUGAGACGGAUUCAGGCUUUGCUUUUGAAAGGGGCGGUCUGCGACUGCAAAAAGCUUUAACAAGAGCUACUGCUAUUCUUCACUGACUUGGAUCGUGAUAUAUCGGCAGCAAGUAGCAGAAGGAUAAGAGCAAGAAAAAACCUCAUAAGCCAGAAGGGUGGGUUUAAUUGUACGAGUUUUGUUGAGAAAGGCAUGAAAGUGGUAUGGAAGCGGAGGAGAUUCAGCAGGCACCAGCUUGUAAGUUCCCAAGAGUUGGAAACGGUAGAAACGACUAUAGCAAGAUAGGCUCAAAAGGGGGUUCUGAUCACUACCCAGAUGAUGAAGAAGAUGUAGAACUCAGGGCUGGCAAUGUUGUCCCAGGAAGCGAUGCCGGUGGGAAUGCUAAUCGACUUCGAGGAUGGAACCAUUCGCGCAUCAUUAGGGUUUCGCGUGCCUCGGGUGGUAAAGAUCGGCACAGCAAGGUCUGGACGUCCAAGGGCUUGAGAGACCGGAGGGUUAGGCUAUCGGUUACUACGGCGAUUCAGUUCUAUGAUCUUCAAGAUCGGCUGGGUUACGAUCAGCCUAGCAAAGCUGUGGAGUGGCUAAUCAAGGCUGCGGCUGAUGCUAUUGCAGAGCUCCCUUCGCUAAAUAGUGCUUUUCCUGAUACCCCGAAGCAGCUGAGCGAUGAGAAGCGGGCGAGUGGAGGUACGGAACAAGGGUUUGAUUCAGCUGAGGUUGAGUUAGAUGGUGACCCAAAUUUCCAGCAAAACCAAAGCCAGCACCUUUCUUUGUCCAAGUCCGCUUGUAGCAGCACCUCAGAGACGAGCAAGGGCUCCGGUUUGUCGCUCUCGCGGUCUGAAAUCCGGGUCAAGGCACGUGAGCGAGCCCGGGAAAGAGCAGCUAAAGAGAAAGAGAAGGAAAAUGACUCCCGUGUUGCUCAAAAUGUGAACCACAUUCCGCACAAUGCUUCCUUUACUGAGCUUCUUACCGGUGGAAUUAGCAGUGUUAACAACAAUGGUACUAGUCCUCCCGGGUCAACGCAUCAAAACCCUGGUGGUGAGUCUAAUUUGUUUCACAAGGCGGCGGCGAGGCAGUGGCCUUGUUCGACCCCAAUGGACUACUUCGACUCGGGGCUACUGGGGCCUUCGUCCAGAGCACAUCACUCCUCGGGGUUUUCGGGACAAAGCCACUUGGGAAAUUCCAUUCCUCAAGCAAUGACUAUGUCGGUUCCGACAUUCAAUAUAUCAGGGGAUAAUCAUUCAGAGCUUCAGCAUUUUUCGUUCGUUCCCGACCAUCUCAUCCCGGUGGCCGCUGCAACAUCGCAGCCCGGCAGUGCGCCGGUUGACUACAACCUCAACUUCAGCAUCUCAUCAUCCGGCCUUGCUGGUUACAACAGGGGGACCCUUCAGUCCAAUUCACCGUCUUUCUUUCCUCACCUUCAGAGGUUUUCUCCUAUAGACGGACCAAAUGUACCCUUCUUCAUGGCUUCGACGGCUUCAGCGUCCCCACCCAUGGAGAAUCACCAUCACCACCAGUUCUCACCUGGAUUCGACGGCCGCUUGCAGCUCUGUUACGGCGACGGUAGCCGGCAUUCAGAUCAGAAGGGUAAAGGAAAAAACUGAUCAGUUCCUGUCAGAACAACUCUCCUUCUGGCCCCUUCUUCCAGGGAAAUGAUUGGAAGGAAAAGUAGCGGGCAAGACAUGGGGUGAGUGCAGGCCUGGACGUGAGUGAAAGCACGCCUUCCGUGCAUCGUUCAAUACCUUAUUGUUAUGCUUGUGAAAUUGUUUGCAUGUCUGUUUAAUCAAGUUUCAAGUCAUUCGGCUUGCUUGGGAUAUAUAUAUUUAUUUAGUCCUGCAAGGCAUUGUGUGUUUUGAUCCAUAACUUACAAUUCAAUUGAAGUUAUUCUUUUGUCUUCUCCUCUUAAUUUGCAAUUGCCCGUGCUGACUGCUGUGUAAUUUUGGUUGAGCAAAACAGCUUUUUGAUGAAUCUGUCGGCAAAAUAACACCGGUUUCUGUUAUGUGUUGUCAUGACAAUUUCAUUUGAAACAUAUCCAAUUGUUACAUAUUUAAUGUCAA